AUGCUGCCCCACAGGCUGCUGUUCCAACUGCCACUGCUGCUGGCCCAUCAAGUGCUGCUGUCAUCACUACUUCCAUCACUAGCUCCACUGCAGCGUGUUCCACUGCUAUGUCUACCUGCUGCUGGCUCUAAUGCUAGCAAGCGCCUGUAUUCAGAUGUGAUGGGGGACAUUGAGACAACAUCAUUCGGCUCCAUGCACAUGUUGUCCAUGCAACCUCCUUCUACCACAUUGGUGUCAUCCCCCCCAUCCAAGAAACCACAGGACACCAGUGUGCCUGCCAAGGCUGUGAAGAUCAUGCUGGCAGCUGCUGUGGUGGGGAUGCAAGGAACCAUCAACUGGCUCACCGACAUCUUCAAAUGGUUUGUUAGAGGAGGGCCUGAUGGUGUGCAAGGUAGUGAGGACUUGGUGAUGCAAGCUGUCAAAAUCUUGGAAGGCGAAGACUCUGACCUACCACUGGGCCAGCAGGCUGCAUUGAUCACUAUAAUUGGCUCAAAGGGCAAUGAACAUUAUCUGAAGUUCUAUGUGAAUAUGCAGGAGAAGCAUAUGAGGCGUGCAUUUGUGGUGAAGCUGAUUGGUGAGGAAGUUGAUGCAGGUGAUGCUGGUCCAGCGCAUGCUGAUGCUGAAAUAAUGGGCUGA